AUGGAAUCGCUUCUCCCGGCGCUCCUCCCAUCCCAGGCCUGUUUUCAGACCAGGGAGAACGUUCGCGCGCGCGUGGAGGCGCUUCUUCCAUCCCGUGGACCGACGACUUUCCCCGACGGCACCCGCCUCCGAGUCUUUGGUUCUAGUGCCAACAAUUUCGGAAACGAUGCCGCGGACCUGGACAUGUGUGUGACCUUCCCGGACUCCUCCCCACUGCCGGCGGGAAGCUCGGGGGAGAUGAUCGAAGCCCUCGCCUCUCUGUUGGAGGCCAAUGGCAUGGAGGACGUGGUCGCACGCCCCACCGCCAGGAUCCCCAUCGUCUUGUUCCGAGAACCGGGGACAGGCUUGGACUGCGACAUCUCGGUGGAGAACCCCCUCGCCCUCAGGAAUACGCAGCUACUGCACGAGUACAGCCAAGUGGACCCGCGCGUUCGGGCUCUCGCUUACAUUGUCAAACACUGGGCACGGGCCAGGAAGAUCAACAAUGCAAGCGGCGGUACACUCUCCUCGUACGCGUACAUCCUGAUGGUCUUGCACUUUUUGCAAACCGCGGCGGCGGCCGUGCCUUCCACUCCAGACACCCCGUGCUAUGCACCCCUGGUCCCCAACCUGCAGCUGUUGCCGCCUGACUGGAAAGGGAACGAAAUGGACCGGCGGGAACAGAUGCAAGGACAACGGCAGCUGCCUCGCCAACUCGUGACACACCCCUUGGAGGGCAUGGACGUCGACACCUAUUUUUACACGGAACCGCCUUCGGAGGAGCAGGGACAGCCCAACGGGCAGAGGAAUCUGUUGAGAGAAUAUGCUGCAAGGAACAAGGCAUCCGUGGGCGAGUUGUUGGUCGCCUUCUUUUGGUACUACAGCUGGGAGUUUGACUACCGCGACCUCGUGCUGAGUGUGCGCUUGGGAGGGGCCAUGAAAAAGGAGAGGAAAGCGGAGGAAGACGGGUGGGCGGUCAAUUCUAGACUCGCAAUUGAGGAUCCUUUUGAGACCUGGUAUAACGUUACGCAUUUUUUGAAAGAGGGAAAACAUCGACAUAUCCGCCAAGAAUUUGCAAGAGCUUAUGCAUUGUGUGUGGAGGAGGCAAUGGGGGAGGGUGCGACAGAGGCAGGUGCCGAGGGUUUAUUGGCGCGGAUAUGUGAGGAAGCGCCUGAUCCGCCUGCUCGGAAGGAGACGAUGGAAGACGACGCCGGCGUUGUACAGGAUGUGCAGGCAUUGGGGUUGGAAGAGGCUGAAAAGGAGAUGAGCGGGAAAGGAGGAGGCGCACAAGAAGGAAAUGAGACCCAGGAUCUUCUCUAA